UGUCCUCUUCCCCCACUUCCACUCUCUCGCUCUCUCUCUAGUUCUAAAUAUUCCCUAUCUCUCUUUUGCCUCUUCAAUUUCCCUUCUUCCUCUUUUGCAUUCCAUUGCAAUUAUCCACUUCUCACACCCCACCUCUUUAACCUAUUUUCUAUUUGUUUCCUCACAAACCCUAAGUGAAGAUGACUCAAAAGAAUGUGGUUGUGUCUGAGACCAAAACCGGAAUCAAUGGUAGCGGUACUAUUACCGUGGCACAGAAGCCACCGGCAGCACCCGGUGGAUACGUUCACAUUCCAAGGAGGAGAAUUUUGAAGAAUCUUGAAAUCAAUGGAGGACAAAGAAUCAAUACAUGGAUUGAUUCUAUGAGAGCUUCUUCUCCAACUCAUGUCAAAUCUUCUCCUUCUUUAGCUGAAGAAUACAAUUCUUGGAUUCUUCGCCAUCCAUCUGCAUUAGAUAUGUUUGAACAAAUUAUGGAUGCUGCAAAAGGAAAACAGAUUGUUAUGUUUUUGGACUAUGAUGGUACUUUGUCACCUAUUGUCGAUGACCCUGACCGUGCUUUCAUGUCUGAAUCGAUGAGGAAAACAGUUAAGAAACUUGCAAGGUGUUUUCCUACUGCAAUUGUUACUGGAAGAUGCAUAGAUAAAGUGUACAAUUUUGUCCGUUUGGAUGAACUAUAUUAUGCUGGAAGUCAUGGCAUGGAUAUUAAAGGGCCAACAAAAGAGUCCAAAUACAACAAAAAUAACAAAGCUGAGGAAGUACUUUUUCAACCUGCCAGAGAAUUUGUUCCCAUGAUAAAUGAGGUGUACGAACAACUAGUUGAGAAAACAAAAUCAACUCCUGGUGCCAGAGUUGAGAACCACAAGUUCUGCACCUCUGUUCAUUUUAGAUGUGUUGAUGAAAAGAGAUGGGUUGAAUUGGCACAGCAAGUAAAAUCCGUGUUAAAAGAGUACCCGAAGCUUCGUCUAACACAAGGAAGAAAGGUAUUGGAGAUUCGUCCCGCAAUUAAAUGGGACAAGGGCAAGGCCCUCGAAUUUUUGCUAGAGUCACUUGGAUUUGCCAACUGUAACGAUGUAUUUCCUGUUUAUAUUGGUGAUGAUAGAACCGAUGAAGAUGCAUUCAAGAAAUUAAGAGACAUAGAUCAAGGUUUUGGAAUUCUAGUCUCUAAGUUUCCAAAAGACACAGCUGCUGCAUACUCUUUACAAGAGCCUAAUGAGGUUAUGGAGUUCCUUCAGCGUUUGGUGGAGUGGAAAAAAACAUCUCCAAGAUCACGUUCUAGGGUGUAAAUGAAGACUUUGUACAUCCCUGACUGGCCAUAAAAUACAUGACCUUUUUUAUUUUUCUUUCUAUGUUUUGUUCAGAUUAGUACAAAAGAGCAAAAAUGUAUGGAAAAAAAAAAUGAAAGACAAAAGUGUCUUUCUGAGUUUGAAGCUCGAUUGUCUACAUUGAUGUAAUUAGCUUAGCCAAGUAGUAAUUACUAAUUAGUACGGGGGGAAAGUAUAUGUACUAACCAUAUCAGAUCAGAUCAGAUGAAGUGAUUCUGAAUGGGUUAAAAUUUGUACCCUUAUGAUUAUGAUGAUUAAAUAUUAUAAGGUUACGUAUCAAAAGAUAUGUAUUUAUAGUGA